AUGGGCAAUAUUGACAUUCAAAGUAAGAGCAGUGUCGUCUAUCUGUUCUUUGCUAUUCGCUUGGUAGAUACGAUCGCAUUUCUCUUACUGUUGCUCAGAUGCUCUUGCAUUCUGAUUAUGGUCACUAUUCUGGAUCGGCGGACCCGAGUUCGUUUACGUAUGGACAUUCGACGCUGGCCAACACCGGAUACACCAUGCAGAACCCGGCUGCUGGCAUGA